AUGGUGGAAAACAAUAGCACCAACAACAAUGGAGGACCGGUCGUUCCUCCCAGGACACACAAUCCGUCGCAACCACAGCCGCAGGCUCUGCUGACCUGCCCUCAUCUGAGCACCCUGUCCGGAGUAUCGGCCAUCACCGUUGGACCACCCGUCGCCGUCGGGGGCAGUAAACCGCCGCUUUCGAUAAUCAAAUUUCUCGAAUUGUGCUUGGCCACAACAUGCACCGUUCUUCACUACUACAGCUUCGACGAUGGCGAUCUGGUCACGGGCUUCGUCGCAACCGGUUCAUUUUGUGGAUACAUCGUUAUCCUGAGUACGGUUAUGGUCGGCUACCUGAUGAAGGCCCACGUCCAUCGUCGGCAAAAUCUGUUCUACAGCCUACUGGGAUGUGGCCUUUUUCUGACCUCCGGAGUGUUCAUCAUCAAGGCCUGGGAGCACGCCUACCGGACGCGAACACGGGAUUUGGCCAUCACCAAGGGUUCGGUGGCGCUCAUCAACGGUAUCAUCUUUCUGAUGGACACGGUUUUCACGUUUCGUGACAGAAAAUGA